GUAUCACUUGCAGCUAGUUUUCCACGAAAACAAGAGAAACCAUAAUUUUUUUUUUUGUUUGACAUUUUAACUCAUAUCCUUGGCUACUUUCUAUAAUUCCCUGAAUAUUCCCCGUAUUCUAAGCUACCCAUCAUUUUUUUUUUAUGUCUAUAAUAGGGUAAGACUUGGGAAUAGAAGCUUGUGGAGAGCUUAAGCUGUGGUCCACGAUGGGCUCUUCUUCUUUUUCUUGUUCUUUCUUGUUUCUUGUUCUUCUUGGUUUGGUUUUGAAUGUGGCAGUGUUGUGUAAUGGAGGCAAAACAAGCAAUUUUGUUAGGCCAGUGGAGAAAACUAUUGAUAUGCCUCUUGAUAGCGAUGUUUUCCGAGUCCCUCCUGGCUACAAUGCUCCUCAACAGGUUCACAUAACACAAGGAGAUCAUGAUGGGAAGGCAGUGAUAGUGUCAUGGGUUACAGAAGAUGAACCUGGUUCAAACUCAGUGCUUUACUGGAGUGAAAAUAGCACACAUAAGAAAGAGGCUAAAGGCAAACAUUAUACCUAUAAAUUCUACAAUUACACCUCAGGUUACAUUCAUCACUGCACCAUCAGAAACUUGAAGUACAACACAAAAUAUUACUAUGUAGUUGGGAUUGGUCACACAACAAGGCAAUUCUGGUUUAUAACCCCUCCUGCAGUUGGCCCUGAUGCCCCCUAUACAUUUGGUCUCAUAGGGGAUCUUGGUCAGAGUUUUGAUUCAAACAGAACACUUACUCACUAUGAAAUGAACCCACAAAAAGGAAAGACCGUUUUGCUUGUUGGAGACGUCUCUUAUGCAGAUAACUACCCAAAUCAUGACAAUGUGAGAUGGGAUACAUGGGGAAGGUUUACAGAGAGAAGUGCUGCUUACCAACCUUGGAUAUGGACUGCAGGAAAUCACGAGAUUGAUUUUGCCCCUGAGAUCGGUGAAACUAAACCUUUUAAGCCUUACACUCACCGCUAUCAUGUCCCAUAUAAAGCAUCAGGGAGUACUGCUCCAUUUUGGUACUCAAUCAAGAGAGCUUCAGCAUAUAUUAUUGUCUUGUCUUCCUAUUCAGCAUAUGGUAAAUACACUCCUCAGUAUAAAUGGCUUGAAGCGGAGCUGCCAAAGGUUAACAGGACUGAGACACCAUGGUUGAUUGUUCUUAUGCAUGCACCAUGGUAUAAUAGCUACAACUAUCAUUACAUGGAAGGAGAGACCAUGAGAGUAAUGUAUGAGCCAUGGUUCGUUGAGUACAAAGUUGAUGUCGUAUUUGCUGGCCAUGUUCAUGCCUAUGAACGAUCUGAACGCAUAUCUAAUGUCGCCUACAAUAUCGUAAAUGGAAAGUGCACUCCAGUAGCAGAUCAAACCGCCCCGGUAUAUAUUACCAUCGGCGAUGGAGGAAAUCUUGAAGGCUUGGCAACUAACAUGACAGAGCCACAGCCUGCAUACUCUGCAUAUCGGGAGGCAAGUUUCGGUCACGCCAUUUUUGAUAUUAAAAACAGAACCCAUGCUUACUACAAUUGGCACCGAAAUCAGGAUGGAUAUGCUGUAGAAGCUGAUUCUAUGUGGUUCAACAACAGAUACUGGCACCCAGUAGAUGAUUCUACAAGUUCCCAAUCAUAGUGAAAACAUGAUUUCUUCUGUUAACUUUAUGGAAUAAAAUAGCCAUGUCAAAGCUAGCCAUAAUACAAAAUCUUCAUCUUCAGCCUUCGUUUUUUAGCCUCAUUGCCCCUUCUCAAUUUGUUUGGUCAGUUUCCUACAUUCUGAAAUACAUAUAUUAUUUUCAAGUUCAACAACAAUAAAAUAGCAUGUAUUUUACUCUGCCUCAACAGAAAAUAAGCAUUAUGCAAUAAAAUAUUUUGAUGUA